UGUGUUUGUGUAUCCUCAGUGGUUUCUCUCUUGCGUGUUUUCAUUCAGUGUAAACAGUCUCUUGUCUCAUUGUAUUUAAGUGUUGAGACAUUGAGUAGGAACUGAUCUGUCCAUGCUGGAUAUAUUGAUGAUUUGAAAUCAUCACAGAAAUCUCUCAGCUGAAGAAAGAGUUGGCGUUACUGGAGACAAUGCUGAGGUCAAGAGGAGAUUAAGCAAUGAAACGAGAGGAUGUGGAUUGUUGUGAAUCUUCAGUGUAUGUGACUGAUGAUGGGAGUCUGGAUUCAGUGUGGAUGAGCAGAGAUCAGAGCCGCACACCACAGCCACUGCUGGACUCUAAACUCUCUGAAGAGAAAUCCAGACACACACAGGACUCCGAGCUCAGUCUGACUUUACUCUGUUAUACUGAGUCAAAGCCCACAGACACUCAGGACACUACAGUGUGUGACAGUAAACAGAGCUUACAGGAGGAUCAAACCUCCACAGAGUCUCUGGAUUCUGUCUGUAACGCUGGAGAACAGCAGCAGAUCCUGCAGACCAAACUGAAGAUGUGUUCAGUUAAACUCAUCGACUGCACGAACCUCAUGAUGAAGAUUAAAACUGAACCCACAGAAACCAAACCUGAACUCACAGAAAUCAAACCUGAACCCACAGAAAUCAAAACUGAACCCACAGAAAUCAAAACCGAACCCACAGAAAUCAAAACCGAACCCACAGAAAUCAAAACCGAACCCACAGAAAUCAAAACCGAACCCACAGAAAUCAAAACCGAACCCACAGAAAUCAAAACCGAACCCACAGAAAUCAAAACCGAACCCACAGAAACCAAACCUGAACCCACAGAAAUCAAAACUGAACCCACAGAAGAGGAAGGUCGAAAUGAGGAACAUGAUGAUUUUAAUCCAUCAGAUGUGAAGAGUGAUUCAUGUUUGGAUAUAGAAAUAACGUCCUCAACAUCAUUCAGCUCACAGAGACAUUUAGAGAGACAUGAGAGAAAACACACAGAACAGAAACUCUUCACCAGAUCUGAGAUCAGCUUUACUACCUUACAAGAGAAGAAACUUCAUUCAGAAGACCACAGAGAGAAGAAGAAGAAGUUGUUUCACUGUGAGCAGUGUGGGAGGAUUUGUGUAUCAUUCUCUAAACUAAAUAUUCACAUGAGGAUACACAGUGGUGAAAAGCCUUUCAACUGCACUGAAUGUGGAAAAUACUUCAAAACCAAACACAAUCUUAAAGUUCAUCAGAGAAUUCAUACAGGUGAAAAACCUUACAAAUGCACUGAGUGUGAAAAGAGCUUCUCUAAUUCAUCUAAUUUAAGAGUUCAUCAUCAGAGAGUUCAUACUGGAGAAAAAACGUACGACUGUCCUCACUGUGAGAAGAGAUUUAGCUGUAAACGUGGUCUGAAGACUCAUGUGCGUUCACACACCAAUAAGAGACCGCAUCAGUACAGUGAAUGUGGAAAAACCUUUAGGGAUUCACGUUUAUUAAAAAAACACCAGAAUAUUCACUUUAAAGAGAAACUCUAUCAGUGUUCACACUGUGAUAAAUGUUUCUGCCACAACUAUAAGCUGAUAAUCCAUGAGAGAGUUCACACUGGAGAAAAACCUUACAAAUGCUCUCAAUGUGACAAGACUUUUCACCGUUCACGUAACUUAAAAUUCCAUCAAACAGUUCACACUGGAGAAAAACCUUACAAAUGCUCUCAAUGUGACAAGACUUUUCACCGUUCACGUAACUUAAAAUUCCAUGAGAGAGUUCACACUGGAGAGAAACCUCAUCACUGUAGUGUCUGUGGGAAGAGUUUUAGUCGCCAAUCAAACUUACUAAGUCACCAAAAAGUUCAUACAGGUGAAAGACCUUACAAAUGCUCUCAGUGUGACAAGACGUUUACUUUUUCAUCUAACUUAAAAGGCCAUCAGAGAGUUCAUACUGGAGAGAAACCUUACGUCUGCGCUCAAUGUGGAAAGCGCUUCUCUAGUUCAUCUCAAUUCAUAGAGCAUCAGAGAGUUCAUACUGAAAAGAAACAUCAUCACUGUAGUCUCUGUGGAAAGAGCUUCUCUAAAUUAUCUCAAUUCAGAGUUCAUCAAAGAGUUCAUACUGGAGAGAAACCUUAUCACUGUAGUGUCUGUGGGAAGAGUUUUAGUGUAAAGGAUACCUUACUAAGGCACCAGAGAGUUCAUACAGGUGAAAAACCUUACAAAUGCUCACAGUGUGACAAGAGUUUUGCUUAUUCAGGUCACUUCAGAGUCCAUCAGAAAGUUCACACUGGACAGAACCUUCUGAAGAAAGAGGUGGCGUUACUGGAGACAAAGCUGAGGUCAAGAGGAGAUUUAGCAAUGAAACGAGAGGUGGAUUGUUGUGAAUCUUCAGUGUAUGUGACUGAUGAUGGGAGUCUGGAUUCAGUGUGGAUGAGCAGAGAUCAGAGCCGCACACCACAGCCACUGCUGGACUCUAAACUCUCUGAAGAGAAAUCCAGACACACACAGGACUCCGAGCUCAGUCUGACUUUACUCUGUUAUACUGAGUCAAAGCCCACAGACAUUCAGGACACUACAGUGUGUGACGGUAAACAGAGCUUACAAGAGGAUCAAAUCUCCACAGAGUCUCUGGAUUCUGUCUGUAACGCUGGAGAACAGCAGCAGAUCCUGCAGACCAAACUGAAGAUGUGUUCAGUUAAACUCAUCGACUGCACGAACCUCAUGAUGAAGAUUAAAACUGAACCCACAGAAACCAAACCUGAACCCACAGAAAUCAAACCUGAACCCACAGAAAUCAAAACUGAACCCACAGAAAUCAAAACUGAACCAACAGAAGAGGAAGGUCGAAAUGAGGAAGUUGAUGAUUUUAUUCCAUCAGAUGUGAAGAGUGAUUCAUGUUUGGAUAUAAAAAUAACGUCCUCAACAUCAUUCAGCUCACAGAGACAUUUAGAGAGACAUGAGAGAAAACACACAGAACAGAAACUCUUCACCAGAUCUGAGAUCAGCUUUACUACCUUACAAGAGAAGAAACAUCAUUCAGAAGACCACAGAGAGAAAAAGAAGAAGAAGAAGAAGAAGAAGCAGUUUCACUGUGAACAGUGUGGGAGGAUUUGUGUCUCUUCCUCUAAUCUAAAUGUUCACAUGAGGACACACAGUGAUGAAAAGCCUUUCUACUGCACUGAAUGUGGAAAAUACUUCAGAACCAAACAAAAUCUUAAAGUUCAUCAAAGACUUCAUUCAGGUGAAAAACCUUUCAAAUGCGCUCAGUGUGGAAAAAGCUUCUCUAGUUCAUCUCAAUUAAAAGUUCAUCAGAGAGUUCACACAGGAGAAAAAACGUACGAGUGUCCUCACUGUGAAAAGAGAUUUAGCUGUAAACAUAGUCUGAAGAAACAUGUGUUUUCACACACCAAUGAGAGACCGUAUCAGUGCAGUGAAUGUGGAAAAACCUUUAGGGAUUCAGGUUCAUUAAAAAAACACCAGAAUAUUCACAUUAAAGAGAAACUCUAUCAGUGUUCACAGUGUGAUAAACGUUUCUGCCAUAAAUAUAAGCUGAUAAUCCAUCAGAGAGUUCACACUGGAGAAAAACCUUACAAAUGCUCUCAAUGUGACAAGACUUUUCACUAUUCACGUAACUUAAAAGCCCAUCAGAUAGUUCACACUGGAGAGAAACCUCAUCACUGUAGUGUCUGUGGGAAGAGCUUUAGUCGCCAAUCAAACUUACUAAGGCACCAGAAAGUUCAUACAGGUGAAAAACCUUACAAAUGCUCUCAGUGUGACAAGACGUUUACUUACUCAUCUAACUUAAAAUCACAUCAGAGAGUUCACACUGGAGAGAAACCUUACGUCUGCGCUCAAUGUGGAAAGUGCUUCUCUAGUUCAUCUCAAUUCAAAGUUCAUCAAAGAGUUCAUACUGGAGAGAAACCUCAUCACUGUGGUGUCUGUGGGAAGAGUUUUAGUCUAAAGGAUACCUUACUAAGGCACCAGAGAGUUCAUACAGGUGAAAAACCUUACAAAUGCUCUCAGUGUAACAAGACGUUUGCUUAUUCAGGUCACUUCAGAGUCCAUCAGAGACUUCACACUGGACAGAACCUUUAACUCUUUUCCCACCAACGUUUAAAAAAAGUUGCCAGCCAGCACCAGCAUUUUUCAUGAUUGUCAUAAAAGUUUAAUGUCUUCCAGAAAAUGUAAAAUAUAUCAAAUAAAGAAAUAAACCCUCUGCUUUCAAACAAAAAGACGUUUCAUCCUACCUUCAUUAGUUAUUUUGUAUUGUGGAAAGCCGGAAUUCCUCGUCAUUGGCAGGGAAGCCUUUUUUUUACUACAACAAUGGUGGAAAACCGGAACGUGAAUAAUAGACUGAGGAGAAGAGCAUCUAAAUCGCUAUUAGAGGGGUGUAUGGUGUGCUGCUUUUGGGCUUCCAGGGCCACUUGUAGGCUGUAACUACAUGACUGCAGGUGAAGGUGGCAAUGUGAUAAAUAUUGCAUCUACUUUGACGUAUGAUGUCAUAUGACAGUGUAGUAGUGGUGUCCCAUUUCUUAGGGGAAUAUUAUUAACCCUUCCCCUUUUCACACUGUUUUAGGAGGCAAGGUUAAGGGUUAGGCGUAUAAAAUAGAAUUGGAAUUGGCUUCAGCUGACACAGAGGAGGACUGGAAUCUGGAGUGCAUUCAUGAGCGACCACAUUCAAAAUAACAAGUAUUUUGUUAUAAUGUGCAAAUGUUUUUUUAUGAAAUAGUUUUUUCUAUGUGCUUUGGUGGGCAGAGAAGUUCUGAAUUGAUAUACAUCAUGUAAUAUGUAGUCCUGACUCAUUCUCUUUUGAUAAUCAUGUCAUUUUGUUAUCGUGUAUAUUUGGAGUUUCCAAGUGCACUUUUUCUGAAAGGACGCCUGGACUUUUUUGAAAUAAAAGCUCACAGAAACAA